AUGUUGGCUGGAGCUGUGGGCUGGAGCUGUGGGCUGGAGCUGUGGGCUGGAGCUGACAAGUGUGACGAGCCCCUGGCCUCCCCCCUGUCGCACACAGCCUUCACCAGCUCAUCUGUGUUCUCCAAUGGAUACGCCCCAGGAUACGCCAAGCUCAACAGGAGAGGAGGGGCGGGUGGAUGGUCACCUCUUGACAGUGACCAUUACCAGUGGCUUCAGGUGGAUUUGGGGUCGAGAAAACAAGUGAGCGCCAUAGCAACGCAGGGCAGGUACAGCAGCUCGGAUUGGACAACGCGGUACCGACUUCUCUACAGCGACACAGGGAGGAACUGGAAACCCUACCACCAGGACGGGAACAUAUGGGCCUUCUCCGGGAACUCCAACUCGGAGAGCUCCGUCCGGCACGACCUGCAGCAGGGGAUAGUGGCCCGUUUCCUCAGGAUCAUCCCACUCGACUGGAGCGAGGAGGGAAGGAUCGGACUGCGGGUCGAAGUCUACGGCUGCUCCUACUGGUCGGAUGUGAUCAAUUUUGAUGGACAAGGUGUCAUCUCCUAUCGAUUUAAGGUGAAGAAGAUGAAGAUCAUUAAAGACGUAAUUGCUCUGAAAUUCAAGACUUCAGAGAGCGAGGGUGUAAUUCUCCACGGGGAGGGCCAGCAGGGAGACUACAUCACCCUGGAGCUGCGCAAGGCCAAGCUUCUACUGCAGAUAAAUUUGGGCAGUAACCAGUAUGGCUCCAUCCUGGGACACACCUCCGUCACCACAGGCAGUCUGCUGGAUGACAAUCACUGGCACGCCGUGGUGAUCGAACGCUAUCGAAGAAACGUCAACUUCACCCUGGACAGACACACGCAGCACUUUCGGACCAACGGGGAGUUUGACCACCUCGACUUGGAUUACGAGUUGAGUUUUGGGGGGAUGCCAUACAGUGGAAAGCCAGUGGGAGGAGGCAGGAAGAACUUUAAAGGCUGCAUGGAGAGCAUCAACUACAACGGGGACAACAUCACUGACCUGGCCCGCCGGAAGAAGCUCGACACCUCCAGCUUUCGUAACCUGUCCUUCUCGUGUGUAGAGACCCAUACCUUCCCGGUUUUCUUCAACGCCAGCAGUUUUCUGCAGUUACCGGGAAGAGCCAAUCACAACGUGUUAUCAGUGGGUUUCCAGUUUCGGACGUGGAACCCAGACGGGCUCCUGCUCUUCAGCAACCUGGACGACGGGAUACUGGAGAUUUCGGUUGUAGAGGGAAAAGUGAUGGUACACAUCAACGUGACUACAGCAACCAAAAACUACCGAGUGGAUCUCUCAUCAGGUUCUGGGCUGAACGAUGGUCAGUGGCACAGCAUUCGUCUGGUUGCCAAGGAGAACUUUGCCAUGCUGACCAUAAAUGGAGAGGAGGCUUCGACGGUGCGGUCUACCUCUCCCCUCAGCAUCACCACGGGAGGGACCUAUCACCUGGGCGGGUACUUCCUUCAAACCCUCUUCCCGCCGACCCAGAGGUCCUUCCAGGGAUGUAUGCAGGCCAUUCUAGUGGACGACCAGCCGGCGGAUCUACAUGCAGUGGAGAGAGGCACUGUGGGGGCUUUCGAGAAUGUCAGCCUGGAUAUGUGCGCAAUCAUUGACAGGUGUAUGCCAAACCACUGUGAGCACGGCGGCGGGUGCAGACAGACAUGGGACAGCUUCAGUUGUACCUGUGAUGGGACAGGGUACACUGGAGCCACCUGCCACACUUCCAUCUACGAGCCGUCCUGUGAAGCCUAUAAGCACCUGGGCAGGUCGUCUGAUACGUACUGGAUCGACCCCGAUGGCAGCGGGCCCCUCAGCCCCUUCAAAGUCAACUGUAACAUGACAGAUGAAAAUGUGUGGACAAUAGUCAUGAACAAUCUGCCUCCCAGAACGUCUGUGGUGGGCUCGAGUCGAGAGAAGCGAACGGUUUUGCAGGUGAACUACAGCGCCACUAUCGACCAGAUGACAGCCAUCACCACCAGCACAGAAUACUGUGAGCAGAGCAUCGCCUACAGCUGCCGCAUGUCCAGACUGCUCAACACUCCAGAUGGGACGCCCUACACCUGGUGGGUGGGCCGGGGCAGCGAGAAGCACUUCUACUGGGGCGGCUCCGGACCUGGGAUCCAGAAGUGUGCGUGUGGCAUCGACAGGAACUGCACGGACCCCAAGUACGACUGCAACUGUGACGCGGACCACAAACAGUGGAGAGAAGACUCGGGCCUAUUGGUUGAUAAAGACCAUCUGCCAGUCAGCCAGGUUGUCGUGGGAGACACAAACAGACCGGGAUCGGAGGCCAAACUCACCGUGGGUUCGCUGCGAUGCCAGGGAGAUACGGAUUACUGGAACGCAGCGUCCUUCACGACUCCGUCAUCGUACCUGCACUUUGCCACGUUCCAAGGAGAGACCAGCGCAGACAUAUCCUUCUAUUUCAAGACCAGCGCCCCCUAUGGAGUGUUUCUGGAAAACCUGGGCAACACAGACUUCAUCCGACUGGAACUCAAAUCUCCCACAGUGGUCUCCUUCUCCUUCGACGUGGGAAACGGGCCGGUGGAGCUGAACGUCCACUCGGCCACGCCUCUCAACGACGACCAGUGGCAUCGCGUGUCGGCCGAGAGGAACGUGAAAGAGGCCGUGCUGCAGCUGGACCAGACGUACAGGGUUUCCCGCACCGCACCCACGCAGGGGCACACCAGGCUGGAGCUGUUUAGCCAACUCUACGUGGGGAAACCGGCCUCCAUCACCUGCCAAGACAGUGCCGCCGGGGGGCAGAGGGGCUUCCUGGGCUGCAUACGGGGGCUGAGGAUGAACGGCAUCACGCUGGACCUGGAGGACAGGGCAAAAGUCACGCCCGGAGUCAAACCUGGUUGCCAAGGACACUGCACCAGUUAUGGGAUGUACUGUCGCAACGGAGGCAAAUGUGUGGAGAAGUACAACGGAUAUCUGUGCGACUGCUCCAAGACGGCCUACGACGGGCCCUUCUGUACUAAAGACAUCGGCGGCUUCUUCGAGGUGGGUACCCUGGUGCGGUACAGCCUGGCCCCGGAGCCCUUCUCCUCCAGCAGAGAGGCCCGGCUGCAGUCGCAUCAGCUGUGGCCUCAGGAGGUGAACCUGACCCGGGAGGAGGUGAGUGUGAGCUUCAGCACCUCCAGCUCCCCCGCUCUGCUCCUCUACGUCAGCUCCAAGACACACGACUACAUGGCCCUGCUGCUGCGCCACAACGGCUCGCUGCAGGUGCGCUACAGUCUGGGCGGUCUGAGGGAACCCUUUGCCAUCGACGUGGACCAGCGCAACCUGGCCAACGGACAACCUCACAACAUCAAUAUGUCCCGGGUGAACAGGAGCAUUACCAUACAGUUGGACCAUUACCCCACGGUGAGCUACACUCUCCCUGAUGCCUCUGACACGCAGCUCAACCUGGUCAAGACACUCUUCCUCGGCAAAGUCCACGCCUACGAGCUGGAGCGAUCUAAUGCCAUGGUUGACAUCACACGCACGCACACUGUAUAUUUGCCUAUAAACAUCUGCUGCAGAGGUUUGGGCGUCGGAACGAGUGCUGAAUCAUCUGAACGCAGCGCAGAUCAAUACCACUUUGAGACGAUUACCUCUUGGCAGCAAACGCACAGUCAAUCCCGUGACCCUGGCCACGAUAACUACACCGACAGCCCCAGCAAACAGGCCUAA